GGGAGGCAUAUAGCAUCUCUGAGUAUAUCAAUCUUCCUUUCCUCUUAAGAAACAUACCAACUCUUUUUACUUACUGAGCUCCAGAGAGUGAUGAACACGGAAGAGGAGUCAGGAAGUUAUGACAGAGCCAAAGAAGUGAAGGAGUUUGAUGAAACAAAAGCUGGAGUUAAAGGGCUAAUAGACUCGGGGGUGACCAAAGUGCCAAAGUUCCUCAUGCAUCCACCAGAGAACCUUUCAAGUUCAAGCACUCCAACUUGUACAGACUUCCAAGUUCCAGUUGUAGAUCUUGACGGGUUCCAUGAGGAUCUCCAGCGGCUGCAGAUUGUUAAGGAGAUGCGUGAAGCAUCGGAAACAUGGGGAUUCUUUCAAAUGGUUAAUCAUGGAGUUCCAGACAGGGUUAUAGACAACUUGUUACAAGCAAUAAGAGAGUUCCAUGAGCAGCCAAAGGAGGUGAAAAUGGAGUGGUACUCGCGCGACUCAACGAAAAGGGUGAGAUACUACUGCAAUGGAGAUCUGUUGGUGGCAAAAAGAGCAAACUGGAGGGAUUCCAUUGUUUUCGAUUUCCAGGAUGGACCUUUAGACCCUGAGGCAUUUCCUUUGGUUUGCAGACGAGCAGUGCAAGAAUACAUGGAACACUUGACCAACCUAAGAGAUGCGCUAUCAGGUUUGUUGUCAGAGGCCUUGGAGAUAAGCAGUGACUACCUAGCUAGCAUAGAGUGCAUGAAGAGCGAAAAUCUGGUGUGCCAUUAUUACCCGGUAUGUCCAGAGCCAGACCUCACCAUCGGGACAACCAAGCAUUCAGAUCCUUCAUCCUUGACCAUACUCUUGCAAGACAACAUUGGCGGCCUCCAAGUCCUCCACCAAGGUCACUGGAUCGACGUUCCCCCAAGGCACGGAGCCCUGGUGGUGAAUAUUGGUGAUCUUAUGCAGCUUAUCACCAACGACAAGUUCAGAAGCGUGGAACAUAGGGUACUUGCACGAAGUGUUGGCCCCAGGAUAUCAGCUGCAUGCUUUCUCUAUCCAACACAUAAGUUGAAACUGUAUGGGCCAAUUAAGGAGUUUCUGUCCGGUGACUUGCCUAUAUAUAGGGAAACUCAUGCCAGAGAAUAUCUUGCCUAUUACAAAUCAAAAGGUUUAGAUGGUAACUCUGCCCUUGGUCAUUUCAAAAUAACCUAAGUUAACAGUAAAUUUGUUGCUGUUCUAUGAUGCUAAUAUGUUGAAGUAUUCAGUCUAGUCUGCGUUCAAACUGACCGACGAAGACAAAGGAGAUACUCAUAAUGACAAUUUGAACGUGGUACAUGUAUCCCCAUCAUAUAUCAUCCUUGACUAAACGUGAAAAAUAUGGAAUUGUGGGGUCACAUCUUUUUUGUCAACCAAUAUGAAACAUAAAAACCAUUUUAUGAUCAUUUUCUUAUCUGUACAAAAACUGCAAUAUCUGGAGGAGACUAUGAUAUCUUUAUAUGACACAAAAUAGUAGAAAUUAAAACAAGAGUCGAUGGACAUUGGUGAUAAAGAAAAAUGUUAAAUAAAGCACAAAUUGGAAGACAUGCAUUGCAGAUUUAUAGCGAUCUAAAGACUCAUUCCAAGUACCAAGCUUCCAAACAAAUCGCAAAUGCCAAAUUAUACAGGCUAAACAACAAAUGGCACCUUCACACUCUAAAAAAAGUAAAGGGGGAAAAUAUCUCCUAGCAAAUUAUGUAGUCUUACAUUCUACCUCCUAUAGGUGCUUCUUGCUUUUCUUUUGAAUUUAAGGGUGGGUGUUCAAUCAGAAAAAGGAAAAACAUA